GAGGGAUAUUCGAAACUGUGGAAAAUGAACCUGUUAAUAUUGAAGAAUUGGCUUUCAAGUUUGCAGUGACCAACAUUAAUAGAAACAGAACACUGAUGCCUAAUACCACAUUAACCUAUGACAUCCAGAGAAUUAACCUUUUUGAUAGUUUUGAAGCCUCAAGAAGAGCAUGCGACCAGCUCGCUCUUGGUGUAGCUGCUCUGUUCGGACCUUCCCACAGCUCCUCCGUCAGUGCAGUGCAGUCCAUUUGCAAUGCGCUUGAAGUCCCACAUAUUCAGACCCGAUGGAAGCACCCUACGGUGGAUAACAAAGAUGCGUUUUAUAUCAACCUCUAUCCAGACUACACAGCCAUCAGCAGAGCAGUUUUGGAUCUUGUGCUAUACUACAACUGGAAAAUAGUAACAGUGGUAUAUGAAGACAGCACAGGUCUGAUUCGCCUGCAAGAGCUCAUCAAAGCCCCUUCUAGAUACAACAUUAAAAUCAAAAUUCGCCAACUGCCCUCUGGGAAUAAAGAUGCCAGGCCUUUACUCAAGGAGAUGAAGAAGGGCAAGGAGUUCUACGUAAUAUUUGAUUGCUCACAUGAAACGGCAGCAGAAGUCCUUAAGCAGAUUCUCUCCAUGGGAAUGAUGACUGAAUACUACCACUACUUUUUUACAACACUGGAUCUAUUUGCGUUAGACCUGGAACCCUACAGAUACAGCGGAGUAAAUAUGACAGGGUUUCGUCUGCUCAACAUCGAGAACCCGCAAGUUUCAUCAGUCAUUGAGAAAUGGUCAAUGGAGCGUCUACAGGCACCACCGAAACCAGAGACUGGCCUCCUCGACGGCAUGAUGACGACUGAAGCAGCUCUGAUGUACGAUGCUGUUUACAUGGUAGCAGUGGCCUCCCAGCGUGCCUCCCAAAUGACUGUCAGCUCCCUGCAGUGCCACAGACACAAGCCAUGGCGUUUUGGACCCAGAUUUAUGAAUCUGAUAAAAGAGGCACGGUGGGAUGGUCUGACAGGACGCAUAACCUUCAACAAAACAGACGGCUUACGGAAGGAUUUUGAUUUGGACAUUAUUAGCCUCAAAGAGGAAGGAACAGAAAAGGCUGCUGGCGAGGUUUCUAGUCAUUUAUAUAAAGUGUGGAAGAAGAUUGGGGUUUGGAACUCAUACAGUGGCCUUAACAUGACAGACAGCAACAAGGACCGAUCGACCAACAUCACGGAUUCCUUGGCUAACCGGACGCUUAUUGUCACCACCAUUUUGGAAGAUCCCUAUGUUAUGUACAAGAAGUCUGACAAGCCCUUGUAUGGAAAUGACAGAUUCGAGGGUUAUUGCCUGGACUUACUAAAAGAGCUGUCAAAUAUUUUAGGCUUCAUCUAUGAGGUCAAACUGGUUUCUGAUGGUAAAUAUGGAGCACAGAAUGACAAAGGAGAGUGGAAUGGGAUGGUCAAAGAACUCAUAGAUCAUAAAGCUGAUCUCGCCGUUGCUCCUCUCACUAUCACCUAUGUAAGAGAGAAAGUAAUUGAUUUUUCCAAGCCCUUCAUGACGCUGGGAAUCAGUAUCUUGUACCGGAAGCCUAAUGGGACAAACCCUGGUGUUUUCUCCUUUUUAAACCCUCUUUCUCCUGAUAUUUGGAUGUAUGUUCUCCUAGCCUGCCUUGGAGUCAGCUGUGUCCUGUUUGUCAUUGCAAGGUUUACACCAUAUGAAUGGUAUAACCCCCACCCGUGCAACCCAGACUCAGAUGUGGUGGAAAACAAUUUUACUUUACUAAAUAGUUUCUGGUUUGGAGUUGGAGCUCUCAUGCAGCAAGGAUCAGAACUGAUGCCCAAAGCUCUUUCUACCAGAAUAGUUGGAGGAAUAUGGUGGUUUUUCACCUUAAUCAUAAUCUCAUCCUAUACUGCCAACCUGGCUGCCUUCCUGACCGUGGAGAGGAUGGAAUCCCCCAUAGAUUCAGCAGAUGAUUUGGCAAAGCAAACCAAGAUAGAGUACGGGGCUGUUAGAGAUGGAUCCACAAUGACCUUCUUCAAGAAAUCCAAAAUAUCAACGUAUGAGAAGAUGUGGGCGUUCAUGAGCAGCAGGCAGCAGACAGCGCUGGUGAAGAACAACGAUGAGGGAAUCCAGCGUGUGCUAACAACGGACUAUGCGCUGCUGAUGGAAUCAACCAGCAUAGAGUACGUGACCCAGAGAAACUGCAAUCUCACCCAGAUUGGAGGGCUCAUUGAUUCAAAAGGCUACGGCGUGGGAACUCCCAUUGGGUCUCCUUACAGAGACAAGAUCACCAUUGCCAUCCUCCAGCUCCAGGAGGAAGGAAAGCUACACAUGAUGAAGGAGAAGUGGUGGCGAGGCAACGGCUGCCCCGAGGAGGACAGCAAAGAAGCCAGCGCUCUUGGGGUGGAGAAUAUUGGAGGCAUCUUCAUAGUGCUUGCUGCAGGGCUUGUUCUUUCGGUGUUUGUAGCCAUUGGUGAAUUUAUAUAUAAAUCAAGGAAAAACAGUGAUAUUGAGCAGGCCUUUUGUUUCUUUUACGGACUACAAUGUAAGCAAAACCAUCCGUCCAACUCCACCUCUGGCACCACCUUAUCUACGGAGUUAGACUGUGGCAAGUUAAUCCGAGAGGAGCGAGGGAUUCGAACACAGCCCUCAAUUCACACUGUAUAG